AGGACUCCUCAGGAAUGGAAAUGGACCACAUGCUUACAGUGUCCAUGGUGCCUGAUGCUUUAGCUCUUGAGAAAGAAAUGUUUAUAAAAACCACAUUGCCGCCAUCUACUACUUCCACUACCACCACCACUACAACCACCAUGACCACAACAACCACCACGACGAUCCCACCUCCAGAUACUAGAGUGGCCAACAGGGGACCUUUAUCUGAGUUUGAUCUCAGUGGGAAGAAGCGCUUCACAGCUCCCCAUGUGAACUACAUCCAGAAGGAUCCAGGUGCUCCCUGCUCCCUAACCGAGGCUCUGGAGUACCUUCAGUUCGACAUCCUGGAAGACGUGAUAAAGAAGGACAGCAUGGCAGCCAAUCAGAAUCAGCCUCCUAAACACAAGCCUCAUAACCUCACAGUGGUGGCCAUGGAAGGCUGUCACUCUUUUAUCAUCCUGGACUGGGCUCAACCUCUGAAAGAUGAUAUGGUCUCAGGCUACAUGGUUCACAGUGCUUCAUACGACGACGUCCUCAACAAUCGAUGGGCCACCAAAGCCUCCGAAGGGACACAUUUGGCUGUGGAGAAUCUCAAGCCCAACUCCAGGUACUACUUUAAAGUGCAGGCCAAGAAUGUGUUCGGUUUGGGACCAUUCAGUGAAACACUCACCUAUGUAACUGAGUCAGAUGAUCCAUUUCUGAUUGAAAGGCCACCUGGUGGAGAACCRAUCUGGAUCCCUUUCACCUUCAAGUACAACCCGAUCCACAGCAGCUGCAAAGGCAGUCAGUACGUCAAGAGAACAUGGUACAGGAAGUUUGUGGGCGUGGUUCUGUGUAAUUCUCUACGAUAUAAGAUCUUCAUGGGAGACGGACUAAGAGAACCUUUUUACAGUAUAGGAGACACACUUGGACAGGGAGAAGACCAUUGUCAGUUUGUGGACUCCUACAGGGAUGGAAGAACGGGCCCGGUUGAUUACUCAUUUAAUCUCCCCUCAGCACAAGGAUAUUAUCGUGCCUUCAGACAGGAGCCCGUUACAUUUGGGGUUAUUGGCCGCCGCACAGCCCAUCAGUUCGUAGGCUGGUAUGAAUGCGGCGUUCCCAUCCCUGGGAAGUGGUAACUCCGGGAGAAGACGAGAGUUGCAGCUCUGCAUCCUGCUGCUGCUGCUCAUUUAAAAACAGACUUUUUGCCUGCAAGCUCAAAAAGACACCACUACAACUUCAUUACAGCUUUAUUACA